GCGGCGCGGCCGGUCGGCCGUGGGCCCGUGAAGGCUGCCGCCGCGCCGCCCCUGACCUCAGCGCUCCUGGUGGUGACCCGCCGAGCUAGGCGCGCGGCCGGCGCCGCCACUCUCGCUCCGCGCCAAGGUGCGGGAAGCAGUGUGCCGGCGAGACAGCCGCGAGCGAGCCGGCCAGCGCGCCGCUCCGAGACGGCAGGCGAGUGACGUGACGUGACGAGACGUGGGUGUCGGGAGUGAGUGAGUGACGGUGCCGGCAUCUGUGACGGCUGUGACGGUGGCCGUGACAUCUGUGACGCGCGCACGUGCGGCGGCGGCGUGACGGCGCCCGUGGGUAGCGCGUGCCGAGGAGUGGCCGGCGGUAUCGGACACGGACUCGCCUCUGAAUGUGAUGCGUCUCCGGGCGGCGGCGCGGCUCAGGUGACAGUGUCUGUGAGAUGUGUCCUGUGAGAGAGCGGUGAGACGCCCGCGGUGAGAUGGACCGCGGUGAGAUGGACCGCGGUGAGAUGUCCGCGCGGCCCGGCACCCGGCGGCUGCUGGCGGUGCUGCUGCUGACGGUGAUGGGCCCAGCGGCCGUGUCCGCCGGCUGCCCCUCCAUGUGCCGCUGUGGAUCGGACGCGGUCGUCUGCUCCGACCUGCGGCUGACUGCUAACAUCACCGAGCUAGAUCUGAGCAACAAUAACUUCCAGAGCAUCCCACCCGACUUGUACAAAACGUUCCCGUCUGUUGUUAAGCUUGAUCUCAGCCAUAACCGAAUAGGCAAAGUGCCGGCGAGCGCCUUCCAGCGGCUGCGUCUCAGAUCGCUGUCACUGGCGUGGAACCGGAUCGAAGCGUUAGCCCCCGAGGCCAUGUAUGGGCAAUUACGGCUCACCAAACUGGAUCUGCGAAACAAUCGUCUCAGCGAGGUGACGGAGCCCAGCUUCCGUCCACUGCGGAGGCUGGAAGAACUGUUCCUGGACAGGAACAUGUUUAGCAGCAUUCCAAGCAAGGCUCUGGCACCUCUCACAAGACUAAAAGCGCUGAGUCUCGAGGGCAACCAGUUGACAUCGCUGCCUGACAACGCGCUCAGCACGCUGGAAAACCUGCAGCUGCUGAAUCUGAAGAACAACUACCUACAGGAUAUCGAUGAUGAGGCGUUCGCAGGACUCAGCCAGCUCCGAGUGCUAGAGCUGGAGGGGAACCUUUUGACGGACAUUCCGAAGGCGAUCGGUCGCCUCACUGCCGUCCAGACUAUUCAGCUGUCGAGCAACCGUCUGACGUACGUCAAGGAAGGGGUGCUGCAGCGGGCUCCGUCGCUGGAGAAGCUGGAGCUGGGCGGUAACCCGAUCCUCACCGUCGACAGAGACGCCUUCGCCAACCUGCCGCGCCUCAAGGAACUCAAACUGUCUGGUGUGAAGGAGCUGAGUGUGUUCCCCAAUCUGAACGGGACCGGGCAGCUACUGGACCUGCGGAUCUACGGCAGCAAGCUGACGGCGGUGCCGGACGACCUGUGCUCCAUAGCGCCGCGACUGCGGAGAAUAUAUCUGCCAUCGAAUAGCCUCCGAGCUCUGCCGAAGCUGGACCAGUGUGUCGACCUCCGACUACUAGACGUCUCGUAUAACGCCAUCGAGUCAAUCUCCGGCCAGCUGUUUCGACAUCAGGAUCAGCUGCACGACCUGCUGCUGAGAGACAACAAGAUCGCAGAUCUUCCCGGCGACACCUUCGUCGGACUCACCGGCCUCCUCAUACUUGACCUGCGAGCCAACAAGAUCGCCAACAUCGCCGACGACGCGUUCGAGCCGCUGUCCCGUCUGCAGCGGCUCAACCUGAACGACAACCAGUUCCCGCGUCUGCCGCACCGCGGCCUCUCCAGCGUGAUGCACCUGCACUGCAGCAACAUGCUGGAGCUGCGCGAGUUCCCGGAGCCCGAGCAGCUGCCGCAGCUGCACUCUGUGGAGGUCAGCUACGCCUACCACUGCUGCCAGUUCCGCGGUCGGAAGACGCCCAGGAACGCGUCCCUGGACCAGCUGCAGGAAACGGUCAUCUUCGCCAGCGCCGACCAGCUCGGUCUGAUUGGCGGAGAGCUCUCCUGGAGCGAAGUCAGCCUCGACAACCUGACCCUGGAGGACUACAUUGACCCAGACGACCCGAGCCUGUUUGACCUCGGGUCACCCUCCGACGAGCCUCCGACGGAGAUCCGCUGCUCGCCUUCGCCCUCUCCGUUCAUGCCGUGUGAGGAUCUGUUUGACUGGUGGACCCUGCGCUGCGGCGUCUGGGUGGUGUUCCUGCUCGCUCUCCUCGGAAACGGCACCGUCGUCUUCGUACUGGUGUUCGCCAGAAGUAAAAUGGACGUGCCCCGGUUCCUCGUCUGCAACCUGGCCGCCGCCGACUUCUUCAUGGGAGUCUACCUCGGAUUCCUGGCCGUGGUGGACGCCUCCACUCUGGGCAAGUUCCGUCAGUACGCCAUCGCCUGGCAGAUGUCUGCCGGCUGCAAACUGGCCGGCUUCCUCGGCGUGCUCAGCUCCGAACUGUCUGUUUUCACGCUGGCCGUCAUCACCAUGGAACGCAACUAUGCCAUCACGCACGCCAUGCACCUCAACAAGCGGCUCUCUAUCAAGCACGCCAGCUACAUCAUGGCCUGCGGCUGGCUGUUCGCGCUGGUGAUGGCCACGCUGCCGCUCGUGGGAGUUUCCGACUACCGGCGCUUCGCCGUGUGCCUGCCCUUCCAGACGGCCGGCGCCGGAACCAGCUACGUCGUACUGCUCAUGUUCUUCAACGGGCUGGCCUUCACCAUCCUGAUGGGCUGCUACUGGAAGAUGUACUGCGCCAUCCGAGGCAGCCAGGCCUGGAACUCGAACGACUCCAGGAUCGCCAAAAGAAUGGCUUUGCUCGUCUUCACCGAUUUCCUCUGCUGGGCUCCGAUCGCGUUCUUCGCAGUGACGGCGGCUUUUGGCGUACGUCUUAUCGACCUUUCCGGAGCGAAGGUGUUCACUGUCUUCAUCCUGCCGUUCAACUCCUGCUGCAACCCGUUCUUGUACGCCAUCAUGACCAAGCAGUUCAAGAAGGACUGUGUCAUGAUAUGUAAGGCGAUCGAAGAGUCGCGCGUUACUCGCGGUAUCGGUCGCUGUCGCCACAGCAGUAACUUCAGCAACCGGCACACCCCGGCGAACACCAACAGCCUGGCGGACCGCGCCUCCAAGGAGAGCAAGGACAGCGCCCAGUGCAGCUGCAGCCAGCGCCUGCUGCACGAGCCGCUCAAACCGCCGACCCGCAGUCGCUGGGACACCUUCCGAACUCUCUGGUGUCCUGCACAGCCCAAGGACCCGCUGGACUCGAGCAACGACUACGCCUACCAGAUCGCCGAGAUCCAAAAGAACCAGGAGAAGAACAAACGUAACGCCAGCCUGUCGAGCGAUAACUUCAGCUCGUCACGUUCGGACUCACUUCGCGCCCAGAACGGCAUGCACCGUUUCGUACCGAACCGGCGCCGUAACUCAUGGACUGUAACGCGCAAGCCUUCUCAGGACUCGAAUCUCAGCAGCUCGCGAAACGACUCGUCGGCGACAGCAGGCUCCAACACGACGCAAUCUUGGAGACUAAGCCGCUCCAGCGUUUCUAGUGACAUGAGCAGCACAGCUCUGCAGCGAGGCCAGGGCAGUCUGCACAAGUCCAGUCUGGUGGACGGCGCAGAACGUACAGGAAGCUUCAGAGGCCAUCCUCUGCGGCCGACCGUGGUGCGGCAGAACUCAGGCAUUCCGCUGUCGCACCCGGCCGGUGCCUCCCACGGCCUCCACCACCCGCACGGUCUGCACCACGGGCUCCAUCACGGCCUGCACCACCAGCACCCGCUGCUGAAGCAGGCCUCCUCCGGCGGUAUCCUCAAGCCGAAGCCGAAGCUGACGCGGCAGAUUGCCUUCUCCGACGAGGCGGCUGCCGCAGCGGCGGCGGCGGUGGCGGCCGGCGGCGGCACCCAGGUGCCGGGCCGACAUCACGAGAGCAGCUGCCCGCUGCACUGCGCCGAGCCGCCGCCGCGCCGACACUCGCGCUUCCACAACAUCUACAGCAAGCUCACCGAGUCUAGUCAGGAGGAGUCGUCGGGAGUCGACGACGGUGUGGCUCUGGACGACAGCGAGAGCGGCGCCGUCGGCGGCGUCGCGGCCGCACCGCUGCCGGGCGCAGUCGGCGGCACUCCCGCCCAGGUCAAGGUCGAGGGGCGCAACGGCGGCCUGACGGUGGCGUUCGUGCCGCGGAAACUCAGUACAAUCUCCUCUCAGAGCUACAGUCUGCAGAGGGAGAGCCACACCAACCUGAACCAGGUCAGCCCGGAGGAGGCCGAUGCAGGAGCGGGCACCGUGGCGGCGGCGGUGGAGAGCGGCCUGUCCCAGUCCCAGCCGCUCCCGCCAGAGUCGUCCCUGGCAGCGCCUUCGACCGCCGCCAUCGAGAAGGCGCACAGUGCCGGCGACGUGCGGCAGCUGGCGGCGCGGCCGCGGCCAUUUUCCUCUGACACGUGCAUCUCCCGCGCGGCGCCGCGCCGAGGGACCCCAGCGGGCCCGCUCGCCCUGCCGGCGGAGGCUGAUCCACCCAGGCCUCCGUCGCCCAGCGGAAUCGAGACCUGUCUGGCCGGUGACGAGGGCUUCGACGACAUCGACGAUGUGGACGAGGACGAUGUGCUGGUGAUGGGCGGCGCGGCGGGCGCGGCCGGCGGCGAGCAGGCCGUGCCGCUGCUCUGGAACGCCGACCGGCCCGCGUCCCCGCCCACCCCGCGGGACAGUCCCAGCCCCAGUCCCAGUCCGGAACCCACGGUGGAUGUCUGAGGGACUCUCCCAGUGAACUGCGAACUGUUCGCGUAGACUAGCCAAAUGGACGUUCGUCAGCCGCGCAUGCGUCAAGCCCACAGCGCUAUUCCAAGGGCGGGGGUUGACGUCAGUGUCCGCGGCCGCUGGACAGUGUGGGACGGGACGAGAUGCUCUGUGUCCCACCCGGCUUCCGCCCGAACUCAAGCGCAAAGAGAAGCGCAUCAAAUUAAACCGUAAACGUUUAAAUGUUGACGCUAUUUUAAAUGAAAUAGUAAAGCAUAAUGUACCUCAUGAGAAAAUCUCGUCAACCUUUUAUGUUUAUGUACAUUGUAAUUUUGACAGUCGGUCCAACCGUUGGUCCGCCAGCCGGGACAGUCAGCAGUCGGUCCGCAAUCUCUCGAUGCUCGGGGACCGGUGAGUCGUUCUCUGACCGGCGGAGGCCGGUGCAGUAUGGCCGGCGGCAGGCGCUCAGGGGUGACGUUUGUGAGGGUGCGGCGGCGGCGGGGGUUCCCAGCGCUGGCUCUGCAGCCCCGGGCCGGCUCCGUUCCGGGGCCCGGGCCGGCACCGUUCCGGGGCCCGGGCCGGCACCGUUCCGCGGCACGGCCGGCCGCCCAGUUCCUCUGUGUCGGUAGACAGUAGCUGUGGCAAUCUGAGUCCAAGUGUGAUUGUUGUGUCUGCUGUGCCGCCGUGCGCUGAGGGUGCCAGUUUGUAUGCGUGGGUGCGCGACUGCAGUGUGCGUGCCUGACAUGGUGUAUAUGUAUUUGUGAUAAAUUAUUUCCAAUUUUUAUUUAAAGCCAUCCGUGUUGCAUGUGACCGGUGACCGUGACAGUAUUGGUUGCUGUCGGACGUUUUCUAUGUAAAAUAUAAUGACGUGUACAGCAGACGAAGCUGCCAUCCAUAACGUGAACUGCAUCCUCCUGUUCGCUGCAGAUAUACAUAUUAGUGUUGAACGAAGUUUACGUCAAAUAAAAUAACGACGAAAACAAA